AGAAUAAAACCUAAGUUGCACGUUGACUUUUAUUCUCAUGCUUUGCAGAUAUCGGAACCAAAUGAGUUUGACAUCAUGCUUGUAAUGCCUAUUGCAAGACUUCAGCUGGAUGAAUGUGAUGACACUGGAGCCUAUUACUAUCUAAGAUUUAAAAGAAAUCCAAAAGAAAGACAUUUGUUGAAGUUUUUAGAUGAAGAAGGAAAAUUAUCAGCCUUUAAAAUGCUUCAAGCACUAAGAGAAAUUAUUAAACAAGAAGUAAAAAACAUUAAAAAUGUGGAAGUAACUGUGCAAAGGAGAAAGGCUGGAAGCCCUACAAUAACUCUUCAGAUCAAAAAUCCUCCAGCAGCAGACAUAUCGGUGGACAUCAUCUUGACUCUGGAAGUUCAGCAGAGCUGGCCACCCAGCACACAGGACGGCCUCAAAAUUGAACCGUGGCUGGGAAGAAAAGUCAGGGGAGAGUUCAGAAACAGAUCACUUUAUUUAGUAGCCAAACAAAACAAAACCGAAAAGGUUCUAAGAGGAAACACCUGGCGACUCUCUUUCUCGCAUAUUGAGAAGGCCAUGAUGAACAACCAUGGCAGCAAAAAGACAUGUUGCGAAUCUGAUGGACUAAAGUGCUGUAGGAAAAGGUGUCUUAAGCUUCUGAAAUAUCUCUUAGAGCAACUCAAAAUGAAAUACCCCAAAAAGUUGGAAAAAUUCUGUUCGUAUCAUGCCAAAACUGCUUUUUUCCACUCAUGCGUCCUAUGGCCAAAUGACACAGACUGGCAUUUGGGAGACCUGGAUCACUGCUUUCAGAAAUAUCUGGGAUAUUUUCUGGAUUGCCUGCAAAAGUCUCAGCUGCCACACUUUUUUAUUCCCAAAUACAACUUGCUCAGCCCGGAGGAUAAAGCGAGCAACGAUUUCCUUUCAAGACAAAUAAACAAUGAACUGAACAACGGAUUCCCAAUAUUUCAUGAGAGGUUUUAA